ACCCCACCCCGGGUUAAAAGAUGGCUGCCCCGUCCUGGCCUCUGCUGCUGCUCCUGCUGGCCGGGACCGGCCUGCCUGCUCUGCACGCGACGCACCACGGGGUCUCCAUUGCCCAUGCCUUUGAAGAUGAUGUGCAGAGGAACAUUCUCCAGUUCCUAGGGCCCAUUUCUUCACAGGGCGAUGAAGCAGAUGGGUUGGUGGAAGAAGCAUUGCUGCCGGAGGUUGCUUUGCCUGAGGCAGAGGUGCUCCCACCUGCAUCCAAGACCCAAGAGGGCCUCCUUGGCACCAUUAUGCCACCCUCUGAUCCAAGCCUGGCAGAGGAGGUUUCAGCCGCGGAGCUGGGAGAGCCCCAGAGCUCUUCUGAGGCAGAGGAGGAUGGCCGUGGAAGAAGCUGCGACAGGGACAUCCCUCUGGAGAAGACGCACGCGGUGGCCGAGGCUGUGAUGAAGCUGGGUGCUGACCUCCUGCGGCAGGUGGAGCUGGAGAACAGCAAAGGCAACCUCUUCUUCUCUCCCCUCAGCAUCGGCCUGGCGCUGGCUCACUUGGCUCUAGGCGCAGCCAACGAGACCGAGGAGCAGCUGCUGAAGGCUCUGCACAUGGAGUCGGUGCCCUGCCCACACCAGGCUCUGCGCACCGUCUCCCAGCACCUCAGCCAGACGACGCUCAGCAUCGCGGCCCGGCUUUACCUACAGAAAGGAUUCCCAGUGAAAGAGCAGUUCCUGGAGGACUCGGAGAAGUUCUACAGGGCCAAGCCAGCCACCCUGUCUGGGGACAGUGAGGCGGACCUGGCAGCCAUCAACACCUGGGUGAAGGACGCGACCCAUGGGCAGAUCCCCACCAUGCUGACUGAGCUGCCGGCCAGUGUCGUGAUGCUGCUGCUCAAUGCGGUGUACUUCCAAGGGUUUUGGAAGAACAAGUUUGAUCCCCUUCUGACUGAGCCUGACACGUUCUACCUGGAUGAUGAAUUCACCGUCUCCGUGGAGAUGAUGCGGGCUCGCGGCUACCCUCUCAGCUGGUUCACCCUGGAAGCCCAGGAUGUCCAGGUGGCCAGGUUCCCCUUCAAGGGCAACACGAGCUUUGUUGCCAUCCUUCCAAACCACCCUGAGCGGAACUUCUCUCGGCUGCUCUCCGAUCUCAGCCAGGCCAACUUCCAAAGCCACUUCCCCAAGGAGAGGCCCACCAUGGUGAAGAUGCCCAAACUGUACCUGCAGCAUCACCUGGACCUAGAGCAAGCCCUCAGCCAGUUGGGCCUUGGUGAGCUGUUCUCUGCCCCGAAUUUCCACCCCAUAACAGAGGGUCCCCUUGUGGUCUCCAGUGUCCAGCACAGAGCCACCCUGGAGAUUUCUGAGGCCGGGGUAGAGGCAUCCGCUGCCACCAGUGUCUCCAUGUUCCGUUCCUUCUCUGCUUUCAACCUCAACCAGCCCUUCCUCUUCAUCAUCCAAGAGGACACCACUGGCAUCCCUCUCUUCCUCGGCGCCAUCCGGAACCCCAACCCCAGCGCCCCUCAGGAGAGGAAGACGAAUGACUGUGCUGAGGGAAAUGAUGAAAAGCUCUUUCUGUGCUCCACGGACCAAGAGAAACCCUGAAUGCCUCAGAGGCCUCCAGGAUGCAUGAAACCCAAGAGGGCAAGUGUGCUGUGGCCUGUCAGGGUUUUUUUUCAGCAGCCUCUCCCCAAAUGUCCAGAAAAGCCACCCUUUCACUUAACUGGCUGCCAUCCUGUACCCAGUCCUGCAAGAUAUAAAAUACGGCCCUAUUGACUCAUCUUCUUCUCAGUGGCCCUUGCGGAUGGGAUCCUGCACCCUGACCUGCAGGCCUUUAGCCCUAGAAUUGAAGCUGAGCAAAAGGUCACAAGGUUGCACCUUCUCCUCUGGCGCUUUAUUCUGCAGGGACUCUGGCUGAGGAAUCUGAAGGGUCACAGAUAUGAAUGAGCUGUGAGUGCCGUGAAAUAAAAGGAUGCAGAGAAUACAAGAACCAGCAGCAGCAGCAGCAGCCCAGAGCCUGGGGAGUUUACGUGCUCACUUCCCGUCUUGCCACCAGCUUCUCUUCGGUGUUGCAGCCCCACAAUAGAUCCAGACCACAACCUUUCCUUUCUGGUGGCCACAAAAAUGCAACAGAAUAGACUGCAUAGUGCUGCACAACUCAAGUUAAGGAAAAAAUAAGAGUGUUGGGAAUUGCUAGGAAAAUAAACCUGCUGGUAUCCUAAUGCCUGUUGCCAC